AACUGUGGUCAUUUUUGUCAUGAAAUGUUGAGCAGGUGUAACCAAUUGCAGGAGAUGAUAGGCAACAGAAAUCAUUAAGUAUUUUUUCCCCCAAGUAAACAACAAUGGAACAUCACACAACCAAAUCAAGGAUCCAAAAGAGCCUGAACUGAAAACCAGGACUUAAAUACACACUAGACCGACGAGGGGAUGAAGUGCAGGUGGAGAAAAGGAGCUGAGAAGCUCAGGUGGACACAAUAAGGUGCUAAGGCAGAAGAACAGGCUGGGAGCUGAAACUCAGGAGAAAGGAGGGACUAAUGAGGGUAAUGCAAGACAUGUGUGUAGAUGGGUGAAUGAGGGAGAGGCAGCUCAGAAACACAGGAGGGGAAAAACACAGUAAAUUGAAACCCAAAAACCAAGAGAACAGAACCCUCCCAACAAUAAUCCUGCCAAGAGACAACAAAGACAGACCAACCAAUGAAAGCAACUUAAACGAGUCUUAAACAGACACAUAGUCCAGUCUUUUGUUUCUUUUUUUUAUUUGGAUCCCCAUUAGCACCAGCAUAAGCACUGGAUAUUCUUCCUUGGGUCCACAUACAUACAUAAAUACACACUUACAAUAACACCAUGUUAAACACAACAAACAAAGUAGCUCAUCUUGUCAGUUUGAUAUUGAAUAUGGAAAAAAAACAAAACAAAAACACAGAAUCAUAGUUGAAUCACAUAUCCAAAGAAUUCAUAGCAGACUUGAAUUUGAUCCUCAUACAAAUAAUUCUUAAUAAACAUAAAUCAUUGUCUGACUGACCCUGAAUCCUAUAAGAUCCAUCCUGUGCUUUCACACAUUUAAUUCCAAGCAAAUAACUGUUAUAUAUAGCUAAAAACAUGCUGAUUUCACGUCAAGAAAGGCCCAUAUUAGCUUAUUUAUUUAGUCACAUUUUACCCAAAUGCAUUAAUUACAAACUCAAAACCCUUUCUCAGAAAUACUAAUGUCUAUUGUAGAAUUAUUUUUGUAAAAACUCAAACAAAUACUGCCCAGCCAUUCUGUCAUAUUGGCAGGAAGUAACAAAAGCAAUAUGAAACAUAUUUGGUGAUGGAAUUGGCUGGUCCUUUAUUGCAGUCUAUUUGCGAGAUAAAUACUUACUAAAGAUAUUAUCAACUGCCAGCAAGAAAGCUGUAACACGAAAGUGGUUACAGGCUGAACCUCCUACAAAGACGGAUUGGAUACUUGUUGUAACUGCUAUUCAGGGUAUGGAAAGAUUAACUUUUAUAUCAAAUUAACGGACUGAUAAAUUUAUGCGAUGCUGGGAAAGAUGGAUUGUGUAUGUGACCUCACAAGAUGAUCACUGAACAUUUAACAUAUGACUUGUAUUCAACACUGCAAUUUCUUAUAUAAGCACAAGGUGGCCAACUGUCUGUAUGUUAAACUGUAUUUCAAUGUGCUUUUGGAAAAAAAAAUUAGCUGCAGUCUUCUUAUCAACAAGAUAAGAUCAUCAACAUGCCACAUGGCUCUCCUUGGAAGCUCUAGGACCAGUGGAUAUUUUUAAUGUUUGGUGUGCCCAUACUAGCAAUGUCAGAUUACCAAAAAUAAUUGUUUUAUGUAAAGCUCAUUUGUGAUAAAGUUUGGCGACUGGCUGCUCGUAUUUAAAGAGUCCAAGAUGUUAAACCUUAUUUGUCCAAUUUUACCUGAUGUCCUAAAUUACCUGACUCACUCUACAGAAUCAGUUGCUAAGUUUGCCCUCUUUGACAAAGGCAUGUGCUUGCUGUGUGCUCUGACUGAUAAACCACCAUUAAAUCACUAACACUCCACUAAAUCGAUUAAGUCUUCUCACUUUGGAACUCAAAUUAUGACAUGAAGGUAACAACACAGACAUCUAACCUGUGUUUGCACAGUUAAAAGGUUUUUACUGGAAUUCAUUUCAAGCGCACCCUUUUUCUAACUCUAAAAAUCGCUGUUACUGUGCAACAGCUUUCACAGGGACCCACAUCUUAAUAUGGCGAAUGACACAAGAGAGCUUGUCUGUAACCACACAGAGGCUUGGGACUGGGUUUACACCAUGCAGCCUGCCUACAUGUCCAUCAUCUUCCUCCUUGGAGUGACCGGCAACUCCUUUGUGCUUUUCGUGUUCUGUCUGCAGAAGCGCCGCAGCUCUGUUGCCGACAUCUACCUGAGCAACCUGGCAACAGCUGAUCUCCUCAUGGUUUCCUGCCUGCCGUUCUGGGUAGCAACCAUUAUCAACAAGUUCGACUGGCGGUUUGGGAAGCCCAUGUGCCGGCUUAUCAGCGUUGUGAUUGGGAUGAAUUAUUACUGCAGUGUGCUGUUCCUUACACUUGUGAGCGUCGACAGGUACCUGGCACUCACCAGACCACUAAACCAGGGGAGGGAGAGACGGGCCCUCUUGGCACGUGUGAUUUGCCUCGGUAUCUGGAUUGUUGGAAUCUUGCUUAGCCUCCCUGCUAUCCUCUUCCGCUCUGUCAAGUUCUUCCCUGAUCUGGGUAUUGACGCAUGCUUCAUUGACUAUCCCAAUGAAGGCUGGCGGCUGCGCUUCAACAUGACCGUCAAGAUAGUAGGUUUCAUUAUCCCUGUUCCCAUUGUGUCUUUCUGCAGUUACCACAUCACUAAGGUCCUUCGGAGCAGCCAGGAGAUAAGAAAAUACAGCAAAGGCAGCACGGAGAGGAAGGCAGCGUAUCUUGUUCUCGUCGUUCUAGCUGUGUUCAUCCUCUGCUGGCUGCCCUACCAGGUUCUGAUCUUCUUGGACACCUUGGAUUAUUACGAAGUGCUCUCCGGAUGUACUUGGGGGUACGUGUUGGACAUUGGAAAUCAGCUGGCUACAUAUCUUGGCUAUAGUAACAGCUCUUUUAAUCCUUUCCUGUAUGUGAUUGUGGGAAAGCACUUCAGGCAGAGGGCGAGGGAAGUGUUCAGACUUAUGCUGUACAGAAGGAAAAGGCAAUGGAGGAAGUCCGGUCAUUCCAAUGCCAAUCUCAACUCAAAUAAGCAAACUGAGAGCACUGAAAUCCAAAUCAACCCACACAUAUAGAGAAAAGUUUUAUCAGA